AUGUCAAAAUCGCUACUAAGAAACAAAAGAGAAGGCAUCCUCUCGAAUUCCUCGUCUCGAGCCCAAUCAGCCUCUAGGACACCAAUGGCAGAUUCUGAUGAUGAAGAUGGAGAUUACGAAGAGAAUGACUUGUUGAGGAUCGAGGAGAUCUUGCGAGAGAAACUAUCAAAUUUGCAUCAACAGGAAAUGGGUGAAGUUGCUAAAGAAGACAGAAUCAGUGCUGGUGACCGAAGACAGCACGAGGCACACAUAUUGAACAAUAAACGUAUUCAAGAAAACUCAAAUAUAAAGGAUAUUAUUACAUCAUUGACGUUCUCAAGAACAGAUAUUAGUUCACAAUCGAGAGAAUUGUUGCUUGCCCAAUUAUACAAGACUAUAGUCUCAAAACCCUUGGUAAUUUACAACGAGGAGAAUGCAGGAAACAGAAACAACUAUGUAGAUGAGGAAGUUGUUUUAAAAUUAAUCAAUCAAUUCACAAGUGGCAAUUACAGAAGCGAGAUUGAGUUUUUGUAUAUGUAUCGCUCGCUAAUUGCAUUGUUAUGCAGCGACAUUGAGGAGUUUGGUAACUUGAUCAGCAAUGACCUCACCAGUCACAUUGAGCAUUUGAUUACUGAACCCACAAACAGUAUUGUAACUGCAGAGAACAAAGCCAGUGUCAUACAAGGGUUCACUGCAUUGUCAUUAAUCUUGUACCAUGGGUCUUCGACCUUUGGAGUUGACGAUAGGAUCAACAUGUUGAUGGAUGUCGCCGAAGGUUACAGUGCUAGCGCGACAACAUUGCAAAGAGAGGUAGACACUGGUGAUCGUGAACACGCAACUUUCAUUACUGAUAAAAAUUUGGACAAGAGAUUGGUGAAUGAAGCUACUGCAAAGGUUGUUGCCGAAGCCUCUGUCGCCGUGGCUGCUCUACAAGGUGUUGCAUGCUUGCUAACGCUCAUGAAGAAAGGGGAGUAUGCCAACGAAAUUCAAGAAGACUUGAUGUUGAAGUUGGUACCAUUAUUGGAUAAUGAUGAAAAUAGAGAUAUCGCUAGGGCUGCAGGAAGGGCCAUUGGAGUAAUAUACGAGCUUUACGACUAUAGCAAAGCCGAGAAAGAUAGUGAGGAGUUUGGAGACAAUGAUGAUCCUGAUUACAAUGUCAACUCGCCCUAUUAUGAACAAGAAUCGCUUAAGUCAAUCCUUUCAAGAUUACUCAACCUCUCUUCGAAAAAAGUGUCCAAAAAGGAUAAGAAGGAUGUGAGUUCAGUAUUUAGAAGUAUCUUGAAUACUGUGGAGUUGUACACCGAUAAGGACAAGAGAGAACAAGUGUACAAGGGCUCACCAGAAGGAAUUGAGUUGGCCAACUCGAUCUCAGACUCGUCAUUUAUCAAGCUUUCCAAGUACAAACUGCUCCGAAUAAACUCAUGGUACCUUGCUGUUAGACUAAGACAAUUGAAAUGGUGCUUCAGUUUUGGGUUGCAUAGCCAGCUCGUUGCUAAUGACUCUAUUAGAGAUGUGUUGCAAGAACCAGAAAAUGAAUACUCAUAUGGAUCAAAUGUAGGAAGAGCCAAUAUAGAGGAUAUGUUGUAUGAUGACCACCAAGCACUAAACGAGUACAUGGAUCAAAAGCACGCGACUGAUGAGAAAUCAAGAAACGAGAGACGCAAGAAGGAGAGAUUGGCAAAAUUGGACGAUCAACUUGAACAAUUAGAAUUAGGCACCUAG